AUGCCGUCAGCUACCGUUGAAACUAACUUGCCCGCAGUCCAGGCUACGACUGCUACAGACCCAUCUACUAGAAUAUCCGACACAAUCAAUAUCACAAAAAUUAUCACCGAAAACCUCAUCUCUGAAAAGCUCACUGACAAGAGCGAUAUCGAUUGUUCUUCGAAUGCGGGCAAUGCCGCACCAAAGUCUCCAUCGUCACCCACUAAAACAACAAAACCUGAUAAUUCUACUAGUAAUUCCGAAAACAAGACCAAGAAUUCCGAAAUUAAUAGGAAACCAAGCAAAUCGAAACAAACUUCAAUUAAAGGUCAGCCAGGUGACCCAGUUAACAACUUAUCAGCGCCAUCACAAGCCAAUUAUCGAACUUCAAAAUUGACAAGGUCACCGUCAGGACGGUCCAAAGAGACUACAGUCGAACGUAGGACUUCAAGGCGAGAGAAGAAAAAUGCAACCGCAAAAAUCUCGGACCCAAAUAAAUCUGAUGUCAGAUCUAACACGCCUCCUGGUACUUCUCAGGUCAAGCGAGAAGCUUCACGUCGUAAAACUGAUACACCGCCUCAUUUGAAUCUGGCAUUCAAAACUGAUCCCCAAUCGAAAGAGUCUAGCGGCCGUUCUUCUGCAGUGUCGCCAAAGAUUAGGGAAUUGCGCAAAUCAGAGGCACUUCAGAACAAGUCUAGUGGUGACGAAUCGGCAUCUGACCGUCGUAAGACGAGUACUAAGUCAACCGGUGGUUCGAAACGUCGUCAUUGGUCAGUCGCUAGACAUGCAAUCAAGACCACUACAGCUGUGAGAGCCAAGGGAGAAAGCGUCGACAAAGAGUUGCUCAAAAGAUUAGAACAAGAGAAUUCGCAAUUGCCGCCACAGAAUUCGACGCAAUUUUUGCUCGCGCGCCUCGAGCGACAAAAUGAGAUACUCGAUAGCGAUCCAAAGUCAGUUUGCAUUCAAUCGAACGUUCUCAAAGCCAACCUUGAUACAGUACAAUCGCUCAUCGAGGAUACCAGUCCGACAGAAGAAGUAUUUAAAUCUGAUAUUACCGCUGAUCCCAACGAAGACCAUGCUAAUACUGUCGAUUGGGAAUUUUGGACCGCGUUAAUUCAAGAUUAUACAGCAGUUGCGACUAAACUCCCACACCUUCUUGCCGCAAAGCUGCAGCAAGGCCUCCCGCCAAAGCUGCGAGGUCUCAUCUGGCAAUCCAUGUGUCAAGCAUCCUCAACAUAUCUGGAAACUAUGUAUUCUCAGCUGCUCGAAGAAUCCUCACCUUACGAUCGAAUCAUUCAACGCGACCUUGCUCGUACCUUUCCAAAUGUCGAUCUAUUCAAAAAAGAGGGUGGUGAAGGACAAACAAAGCUAUGGAACAUACUGAGAGCUUACAGUUUAUAUGAUCCUCUGGUCGGUUACUGUCAAGGGUUGGGAUUCUUGGUUGGACCACUGUUAAUGCAAAUGGAGGAAGCACAAGCCUUUGCUGUAUUUGUACGACUCAUGGAAACUUAUGACAUGCGAUCUAUGUUUACAUUGAACAUGGAAGGACUUCAGCUCCGUCUCUAUCAGUUCUCUACUCUUUUAAGUCAAAUACUUCCCAGGCUUCAUACUCAUUUCCAACUGCACGGUGUCCAUGCUGCGAUGUUUGCUUCGCAAUGGUUCUUGUCUCUCUUUGCCUAUACCUAUCCUUUACCUCUAGUCCUUCGCAUAUACGACGUUGUCUUUGCUGAAGGUGCGCCCGAGACCAUUAUGCGUGUUGCCAUUGCCUUGCUGCAAAAGAAUGAAACACAGCUGCUCGACUUUGGCGAAUUCGAAGACUUGCUCGAUUUCCUGACUACCAAGCUCUAUUUAGCCUAUGAUGAAAAGCCAACUGGUUUAAUAAAAGACGCAAUGGCUUUGAGUUCAGUAAUCACCAAGGUAAAGAUGGAUGGGCUAUCCGAAUCAUACGUGAAAGAAUUGGAAGACCAAAAGAAGCGUGCCGAUGAGUUGGUUGCAAAACGAUGGUCUUUUGCUGCAUUACCAAGCCGGUCCUCUGUUUCGGCGUCGGCAUCAUUAUUGCAGCAAGCAGUAUUCAGUGCAAGCGACAUCUCAGCCCCGUCUUCGGACACAGAGUCAAAUACUACGUCUUUCGUUGCUUCAACAAACGUUUCCAAGGAAUCUACUGGCAUUUUACAUCAACAGAUCGAGGAUCUUGUCACAGCACUGUCUCAACUUCAAAAAGAGCACGCCGAAGUUACAGAUCAGCUUGUAUCUAUUAAAAUGGAAAAAAUGGAUCUGGUUAACGAGAUAGAAACAUUAAGAAAUCGUGUUAGAGAAUUCGAAAGAGGAAACAAACGCACAUCGACUGCAUCUUCACUGUUCUCUCUUGACUCGGCCAUUGCAUCCAACGAGGGCGGCGACGCUCCCUCGCGACGGACUUCUGUUGGAUCGUCAUCCAGUUCUACAAACAAUGUCAAUGAAUCCGACGUUACUCCGCGCCAGUCUACCGAAGUGCCUAAACCACGAAGUGUGUCAGAGGCAGAUGCUUUGGUGAAACCCCGUCGCUCAUCAGCUUCAUCAUUCAUGUCGCUGUCUCGCUUGACAUCGUCAUUUUCUUCCGCAGCAUCUGACAUGUCUUUUGUAUCGCGUCAAUCUUCUACUAACACAAUAACUAGCACAUCGGGUGUAUGUGAUGGUAACGAAUCAUCUUUCGACGAUCAGGGUUAUCACUUCGUCUGCCCGGAUGACUGCGAGCACGCUAGGCGUACUGAGGAACUUGAGCACUUGUUGGCUGAUCUCAAGCUACGUCUGGUGGAAAGUGAAAAUGCUCGAGAUGACAUGAACUCUCAAUUAGAAGGAUUGAACAUGUUGAUUAAUGGGUUUACUGAAGAAGACGAUCCUGCAAUGACGACUAUAAUGGCAUCAUCACCAGCUCCUGGAAAACGGGGAUCUUAUGAAAAACGAGGAUUGAGAAAUUCGAUAACUACUUACUUUAAUGCUUAA